CUUUGCCUUUAGUGUUUUGAGAUGUGAAUUGAGGUUCUGUUUCUACUGCAAAUGUGACGCUUUUUAUCCUAAAAAGGGACGUUUUUAAAGUACUUUGGUGAAACUCAGGGCAGUUUUAAUUAUAAGGAUUCAUAGCACAAUAUGAGCUAUGGUGUGAUUUUUUUUCCUCCCCUUUGUGUUGUCUCAGGACCAAGGACAGAGCCCGAGUGCGCCUGAGCUUUGCGUCAGGACGCUUUUUCCCCCCCACGGAUGAAGAGCUGAGACGCACGGAGAAAAUCUCAGAGCAACACGGAAACCCGAGGAGCUCUAUCACCCCUCAGAGACGCGCCGCUUCACCUCGGAGUUUUCUGUUUAUACCUUGGUUAUGAGUUAAUUUAGAAGCCUCUCGCUGUAGGAUAUGUUUCUUACACAUGACUUGCAAAUAACAUAGGAGCUUGCGCAAAAGCAUGUUCUUAAAGGAUUCCUGGCCAUGACCUGAGAAAAGAUGAUAUGAGGCUGAGAUUAAAAUGUCUGAAGAUCUCAUGGACAUCACUUACGAAGGCUCAGCAGGCAUCGAUGCCGCAACCUUUAACUUUAGCGGUGUUUUUAACACGUGGAACCGCUCUCUUGGGGACUUUUUCCACCUGUCAGACUUCGCUAAAACGGAUGUUGCAGGAGAUGGCGCCGCUGUUGUGCGGGUUGUCAUCUCUGUCAUUUACUCGCUGGUUUGUGCGCUGGGUCUGGUGGGGAACGUGCUGGUCCUGUAUUUGAUGAAGACUAAACGCAUGUGGAAAAAAUCCUCCAUCAACUUGUUUGUAACUAGUCUGGCGGUGACUGACUUACAGUUCGUGCUCACUCUGCCUUUCUGGGCGGUGGAGAAUGCGCUGGACUUCACGUGGCUCUUCGGCAAAGCGAUGUGUAAGAUAGUGUCAUAUGUGACAGCUAUGAACAUGUACGCCAGCGUGUUUUUCCUCACUGCCAUGAGCGUGGCGCGGUACUGGUCCCUCGCCUCUGCGCUCAAAGGGAGGAGGCGGCGACCGCUCUGCUGCGCCGCGCGCUGCAUCGCAGUCUUCAUCUGGUUUGCAGCUAUGUCUGCCGCUCUGCCGCACGCGGUUUUCACCACAACAGUGACCGUUUCCAAUGAGGACUUGUGUCUCGUCAAGUUCCCGGAAACAAACGGAAGCGCGCAGCUUUGGCUAGGACUGUACCAUUCUCAAAAAGUGCUGCUGGGUUUUGUGGUACCGCUCGGGAUCAUAUCUGCCUGUUAUCUUCUUCUGUUGCGCUUCAUCACGUCUAAAAACAUCCACACAUCGAGCGCGAAACGGCGCGCAAAAGUCACCAAAUCUGUCACCAUCGUGGUUCUGUCGUUUUUCCUCUGCUGGCUGCCAAACCAGGCGCUCACCAUGUGGGGGAUCCUUAUGAAACUCAACGUGGUUCACUUCACUUAUGAGUACUACACCACGCAGGUGUACGUAUUCCCCGUGUCCGUGUGUCUCGCGCACUCCAACAGUUGUCUGAACCCGGUCCUGUACUGCCUGACGAGGCAGGAGUUCAGGAAGGCGCUGAAGAAACUCUUCUGGAGGAUGACUUCACCAAACGUACGGCCGAUCACGGCCACCACCAAACAGGAGGCGGACGAGCAGAGGCACGUGCUGGCUCCACUCGGCGCGCCCGAGGAGCCCGCGGUGGUGUUUUACCCUCCAGGGGCUGUGAUGUACAAUGACAGAAGAGAUCAGCCAAACAGCAACUGAACCGCCUCUUCAAUUGCUUUUUUGAUCGUUUGAUCGUUAUUUGGUUUCUUGACUGUUAUUGUUUGAGAAAAACAUUAAAUAGCCCAAAAAUGUACACUAUGCUCUUUAUAAUAAACGUUACAAGAGGACGUGUGCACUGAGUUUUAGUAUGAAAAGUCUUUCUUAAAGGGAUAUUCCAGCUUAAAAUUAAUUUAGGGUCAAACACACCAUAACACCGAGUUAGACUCCCCCUUGAGAGAUGAAUGUUGCAGACCGCUUGCUUCUCUAGUUAUACCAACUUUAGUCAUGACCACACGAUAGCAGUACACAGCAGUUUGAGGAGCCAUUAACAAACCUCAACCAAAACACCACUCUAUAGCCACAAAUAAUGCUCAGAACAGCACAUACAGGGUCCUAGCCACAGCACUAGCCAUCAAACAUCUUUUCAGCUUUGUCUGAUUUCUUUAGCAAAGAGCCGAAAAAAAAAUCACGGACAUGAGGCGGGGUGACACAGCUCAAGGAAGAACAUUUAUGAUCAUGUCUUUAUUAUUUCCUUGAAGUAAUAAUCACCAUAUUAAUCAUUUUGCACUGCAGACACGUUAACUCUUCUGCCUUAACGUCUCGGUCUGAUUGUAUUUCCAUAAAGAAAUAAUCAUAAAUGUUCUUCCUUGAGCUGCGUCACCCCGCUGUAGUCCAUAAUGGACUGUUGUGUUUGGUCUCUUUACUAAAGAAAUCAGGCAAAGUUAAAAAGAUUUUUGAUGGCUAGUGCUAUGACUGGGACCCUAUAUGUGCUGUUGAUGAAGUUAGGUGCUGUUCUGAGUAUCAUUUGUGGCUAUAUAGUGGCGUUUUUGUUGAGGUUUCUUUAUGGCUCCUUAGACCGCUGUGUAUUGCUGUCGUGCAGUCGUUACUAAAGUUGGUAUAACUAGAGAAGCAAGCGGUCAGCAACAUUCAUCUCUCGAGAGGGUGUCUAACUGGGUGUUUGACCCUUAAUUAAUUUUACGCCACAAUAUCCCUUUAAAAGACUGCAUGAACAAUUUCAAUUAAAAAGUUUAAGUGUUGCUCUGCUUUCAUUCCCCUGAGUGGGAAACAAAAACACUCUCUUGAACUGGUGGGUUUUAAAAGGCCAAAGCAGCCCCUGACACUGGAAGAGCACUAGAAUAAACUGAUUGUUAAAUUAGGAGAAAAAGACCACUUGAUAUUGAAGAAGUAUUCGAGCCUGCAUUCGGAAGAAAAGGGUCUCAUUAAUCUUUAUAAACCAUAGACACGGCACAGUCUGUAAACUCACUGUGCCAUAACAAACAUGUUCACUGAGAAUAAAGGAUCAGCGUCAAGGCCCAAGAAAAGAAAUUCUCUGGAUUUACAAAGGGCAGCUGCUUUGAGCAAACACAAUCGUAACUCUGCUCUUUUUAUUCCUGUAACUAGGAGUAGUGCCAAAAAAUUCCUGCUUGUUUGCAACCCCAAGGAAACAGCCAUGACAAAAAAAAUGCCAACAUACUUUGUUAUGCUUCAGCCAUAACAACUAUUCACACAAUGACUCAUGGAAAGCAACAAAAAACACCAUCAAAACUGUAACAUGGGAUUUAUUCAUCCAAUGCCUCUUGCUACUGCUGGCAGCUGUUGGGUUUUAAACUCUCAGGACCAGGUGAUGGCGACUAUCAAUUCUGUGACACAACCUCUGCAGAGCUAGGGAAGACAAAAGGGGAAAAAAAAGACACAAGCAGCAUAUGGCUGUAACAAUUUUCAUAGUCAUAUGCAGACAGAGUAAACCGUGUCAGCAGGUCAAAGAACACUAUUAUAUGCAGUACAAUGUAAAAAAAAAUUCCUCCUAUAAUCCCUUAUCCUUUAAAAACAGUUGUGUCCUCAGGGAAAUUGAUCCAACAAUCAGACUACACACUAACCAGAAGCUUCAAUUAUUUCCUAAGGGUCAGAAAGGCCAGAGAACUCUUCUUGCAUCUGUUUUAUCCUCAAAGUUACAGAUAAAUGUGAUUCUUUUGUGUACAGUGUGUGUGAUUUUUCAAAGCA